AGACCACCCUCCUCGAUUUAGUCCAGUUCCAUCCAACCCGAAUGAAUGUGCUGCAAGUCCAGCGCAUCCUGUAAGCAGCCCAGGCAAUAAGAAGGACAUCUUACCUACUGUAAGCGGCAAUCUCUUGCGAUCCCCCUCAGGAACAAGUACGCAGUAAGACCGUACAUCAGCCUACAUGUGCAUGUCGACCCGUUUCCGGCGUCACUAUCCGGCCCGGGGCUUCUUUGGAGCAGCUCCCGGUUUCUUCUUUUUUCCUUCUUUUGUCCCUUCAUCUCAUCUCACCGCUGCAAGAAAAAAAAAGACGACUCUCCCUGCAUUACCCCAGCCUGUUUUCAAGAAAGAAAGAGGAAAAAAGGGUGUCUAGCCUAGUGGCGCUCUGGGGUAGCUAAAGCAUACACCGUCAUCGUCCCACGUCGAUCUAGGCUUCUAGGCUCCCUAGCAUCUGAAAACAACGACCAACCCUCGUGGAGAAUGGCAGCAAUGGGGUUUUGCGGGGGUUUCUCGUCGGCUAGAUGCAUUGCAUGGUGCAAAAAUUCGAGCGAAGUGGUUGGGCGCUCGCUCGCUCGGGGUCGCUUUGACUUUCAACUGUCGCAAUCGUUCAUUAGACUAAUUACAUACAUGUCUGGGCCGAUGGUCUAUUAUGCCAGGCUAAGGAACUUGGGCUGGUCAGUAAAAUGAAAAGGUACUUUUUUGUAGGUAAUUAUCGAUAUCAAGCGCCCACGCGCCUCGUGUGUUUUAAGAAUUAAUUGUCUUGCCACCUCAUUAGUCCCUGACCUCGAGAAAUGGCACGCACAGGACUUUGCUGCGUCUCGCCCCAUCAUUUUCUUUUCCAUGUGAGAAUGUCUGGUCUGUCGUCCGUUGUCCCGCCAAGCGAGCGCAACACGAACCAACAACCCUCAUCAACCGGAAAGCUUGUACGGUAUCUCGUAUGCCAUUGUACGAGCGAGAGGGAUUAGGCUUGCCGAAAGCCACAUCGACAGAGGCUAAAACAUGACAAGUUUCUAUGAGGAUCGCAAAGCACUGACUCGCCAAACUUAGCUACAGUAGUAGGUAUCCCUAGGUAGCCGUUCUGUCUACCUUGCCUAUCUGCUUGAAGCAUCAACCAAGUGAUUACCUACAGUUGGGUAAGUACCUCCCUACCUAGGUACUUACUGUAAAGGUACGAACGGAUAGGCAAUCAAUCAGUCGGCUGUUGGCGUUCACUUUCGAUUGCCUUCGACUACCCAACACCUUCAGCCAACCUUUUUGCCUCACUGCCUUCAUUCAUCAGCAGAGUUUUACAUGUCAUCUAUGAUAGAAACAGUGUGCCUGCGCCGUGAUUAUCAAGCCUAUUCAACCCCAUCUCUGAUGGAUUUUACAAAGUUUGCUUGUUAGACAGGAAAGCCGCUUGUCCCGGAUUGAUGCUUGCCUCAUUAGGCUUGCACUGAAUUUGGCGAAAAAGAGGGACACCCGAAGCGAAGAGAAAAGAGACGAUACAUACUACUUACACACACCCUCGCCGUCGGAUUACAUACCUGGCUUGUUCUCUAUCUUCAGCAACGUGCCGUGUCUAGUUUUGUGUGUGUCGACGCCGCUCCCGAUUCAUCUUUAGCGAUUGAAAUCGCGCCACGACUAUCCGUCGAGUGCUAUUUGGUUCUUGACGUCCUUGAUAAGCUGCCGAGGCAAAAGAAACGCCAAACACAGGUAUAACAGAACCGAGUAACAGCGCACCAGAUUUAAAGACACCAACAAACAAUCAAAAAGGCAAACAUACGACUAUAGAGAGGCAGAGAAUUUUAGGAAUAAAGAGGGUCAGAAAGAAAGACAACAACCCAAAAAAAAGAAAAAAAAGAGAAGAAAACAAAAGGCCGGUCAUGUCGAAACUCGGCAACGUCGUGCUGGUCGGCACCAUCGUCGUCCUCUCCGGCCCGCUCGCCCUCGCCGCGAUAUCAACCACCUUUGUCGCCGCGACGCUACUCCUUCUCUUCGCCGGGGCCGUAUUCGUCCACGCCGUGCUCAAGUCUCUCUACCAGGUAACUACAUGGCCUUUCUCCGCCGGCCCGGCGACCUUGACGACGACGGCGGUGCCCAACUCGCCAAGAAGCGCCUCUUUGAAGCCCGCCGCAAAGGGACAGAAAGUAACCGCCCCGCAGCAGCCACCCUCGCUCGCCAUCAAGACGGGCCGGUGGACAUCAUCAACUGUGUCCAAAGCAGGUAGCUGUAGUCCCGAGAGCAGUGGCUCCGUGACCUCCAGCUACAGCAGGAGCUCUUCUAGCAGUAGUAAUGGCGGCGGUAGCAACAGCAGCAGCAGCAGCAGCAGCACGACCAGCGACGGGGCCAUCGAGCAGGCACAUAUAAUCAACGGGAUCAGUCAAGCCGUUGGCAACGCCUCUGCGAUGGAAGGCAGUCUCCGUGGCGGGUUCAGCCGGAGGAGGCGACCCGCCGCGAGCCUCCUCGACUUUUACGACGACGAAUUCGACGACGCCAACUUUGUAGAUGAGGUUUACUUUCCAGAAGACGAAGACAUGGACAUGGACGGGCCGUGGCCCGGCCUGGGGGCGGAGAUGUCGCGCCAUCAUCACCGCAGCUAUGACCGCACCUACGAUCGUACCUACGACCACACCUACGACCACACCUUGCUGCGUCGGCAUCGGUCGGCCAGCGUCGCGGGCUUCACGCUUCCGGUGGCUUCAAACAGCUCGAGGCGGAGGGCGUCCAUCGCGGAGCUGCCAUCGGUUUUGCAGUCGGCGACCAUGUCGUCAAUCAGCUAUAGGAGAUCAUCUACCCCUGGGAGGCGAAGAGUACGUUUGUCGGAUUAUGGAUUGUAGAUAAUAUUGAAUGUUUUUUUCGAGUUAUGUUUUUUUUUGUUGUUUUUUUUUUUCAAAAAAAAAGAAAAGCACUGUUGGCAUGAAAAUAAUAUCAGAGUCUACUUACUUUGUCUGCUCCAUAACAUGAAAAACUGAUAAGACGC